AUGCUCUUCGAGAAACCCAAACAUCAUCACCACCAUCGUGUAAGCGAAUUUCAAGCUGUUGUGCUCGCGGGCUACGGUAGCAGCAACAGGCUCUAUCCUAUCUCUGAGGAAGACAAUAUGCCCAAGGCAUUGCUUCCUGUUGGAAACAAGCCUGUUAUUUCAUAUACGUUAGAAUGGCUUGAAAAGGCUGGUAUCCAUGACAUCAUCGUCGUCAUCCAAGCUAUUGGAAGCGCACCACAAAAGUUGUCAGCUUACCUCAGAACCUACAGUGGAAAUGUACAUUGUCAAGUUGUCAGUGUUGAUGAAGACGAUGAAACAGCUGAUGCAUUGAGAGCUAUCAAGGACAAGAUUGACAGAGAUUUUAUAGUGGUUCCUUGUGAUCUUAUUACUGAACUUAACCCUCGCGACUUUUUUGACGCACAUAGAGUCUGUGAUCCCACUUUUAGUGCAUUAUUCUACGAGCCCGGAUCAACUGAAAGUGCUAGCAAAGACGAUGAUCUUUUACCUUAUGUAGGUAUUGAUUCUACUCGCAAUGCACUUGUUUACAAAGCACUCAGAUCAGAAGACGAGGACUUCUCUAUGCGCAUGUCCUUAUUAAACAAGUUUCCUCGCGUUAGAGUUCACACGGAUUUGCAAGAUGCACACUUGUAUAUUUUUAAGAGAUGGAUCAUUGAUAUGUUGGUUGAAAAGGAAAACAUUACAAGCAUUUCAAAGGAUCUGAUACCAAUGCUGGUGAAAUGUCAAUACCAAAAGAAACUAGUCGAGAGGGAACAGAUUGAGAAGUACUCUUCGACUUACGAAAACUUGCUUGCCAAUGCACUUUCCCUGUCCACAACUCAAUCUACUGAUAUUGAUGACGAACUAUUUAUGGAUGAUCCUAUCCAUUCCAGCUUCAAGAGCCCUAUAAAGACCUACGUUCACGUUUACAGAGGUGGAUUCUGCGGUCGUGGCAAUACAACUGCAAGCUACAAUGAAUUAAAUCGUUAUGCUACAAAGCAGGGUGCAUCGAUCACUCGUGUACCUUCCAGUGCAGAGGUUGCUCCUAGAACACAAGUUGGUAAUGACUCGAUUAUUGGUGAAUACACCAAGAUUGAUGAAAGAUCUUCCGUGAAGAAGUCUUGUGUUGGCGCACAUUGUGUCAUUGGAAAGAACGUUAAGAUUGCUAAUUCCGUCAUUAUGGACCACGUGGUUAUUGGCGACAAUGUUAAAAUCGAAGGCUGUAUCAUCUGUAACAAUGCAAAGAUUCACGAGAAGGCUUCAAUGAAGGAUUGCGAUGUUGCAGGCGGAUACAUUGUGGAUAAAGACAGCCAAUUGAAGGGAGAGAAAUUAGUCGCUUUUAGAGAAGCUAUUUAA